AUGCAACAACAAAGUUUCCCCAGCUCCAUCCUCGUGGACGAAUCGUCCGGUACCUUGCACUUCGUGCCAUCUGUGGAAGCCGAUGCCGCUGCGUCCGCGUCUGUCGGCGGCGCAGAAGGCGGCCCGUCGACGACGUCGUCUAGCUACAUAACUCUCGAAGUUCACUACACCUUGCUUCUCAUCAUCAUGGUAUCCAGCGUCGCCGUCAACGGUCUCGUCUUUGUCCUCUUCUACCAGCGUCCAUCGGUGCGUAUGACAUCGAACAAGUUUGUACUCAACAUGGCCAUCGUGCAUCUCCUGCAGACAUUCAUCGUGCUGCCGUUCGUGUUCGUGUCCAUCAUGUUUCAAGAAUGGAUAUUCGGUGACGUCUGGUGCAAGAUACACGGCACCGUGUCCGUGUGCCUAACAAUGGCCAAUAUCUUUUCCAUACUGCUCAUUGCGGUGGAUCGAAACUGCGCCGUCAACAGUCCACUGCACUACUCGAUGACUAUCACAAAGAAACGCACGGUGGGACUCAUUGUAUCGACGUGGGUCUUCGCGGUGCUCCUUUCGGUGCCACCACUCGUGGGAGUCUCAAAUAUAGAGUACCAGGAAAGCUGGGCCAUGUGCACCAUCACGUGGUACGACACGAGCCUGCUUACCAUAUCGUACUCAUGCGUCCUCUGCGUCGUAGGCUUCCUGCUGCCAUUUGUGAGGAUAACGUGGAUCUACGCAUCCAUGUUUCGCGCGGCUCGACGCAACAGCGCUCGCGCCCGCCUUCACAACAUCAACACCAGCAGCAGUGAGAUGAGCCCGCCCCCGUCAGCGGGACUGGAAGCGGGAAGCCAUCCACCCCUCUACGUGCACAGGCGGGCGGCUUGGUCUAAGCGAACUUCUUCUUUGAGCCAGGCGUCAUCGCUUUUUGGCGACGAGUGGAAGGCCGUGCGGACGGGAGUGCUAGUCGUGGUGUCGUUCACGGCGUGCUUCCUCCCGUUUUUCUCCAUGACCUUGGUGGAGCCGCACGCUCGAACACGCAAGACUGCCCUGGGAAAUCUACCGGCCAUCUCUAUGUUGUUUCUCUUCUGUUCCUCACUCAUCAAUCCGUACCUGUACGUUAUCAGAAACAAGGUGAUGCGAAAGCACGUCCGCAAAAUGUUCACCUGCCUGAAGCGCAAGCCUAGUUUCUUCUCCCCACGUGGCUACCACUACAGCCACCAAAGUCCUCCACAAGAGAGAAAGUGCUCCGGAGAAAUAAGAGUUCCUGGAAGCACAGCGUCUCUGCGUUCAGGCGGCAGCGUCGAUUAUCAGAGGCCCCUGGUGACGCACUCCCUCUACCAGAACAAAUCCGGUGACUGGAGAAUAGUCAGCGUUACAACGGACCCAAGACGACCGCCUUCUCGUCGGUCCUCUCUUAUCGCGCAACAGCCACUGUGCGUAGACGACAUGGCGCAACAGCAGCAACAGCAGUUCCAGCAAGAGCAGUCAUACCACCAGCACAAAUGCGGGCCUGGUUUACGCGGCGCUGCCAUUAGAAACGGCUUCUACAGACGCGCUUCUCCUCGAUAG